AUGAGCUUAUCUCGCCUAAUAGUAGGCUUCGGCCUGCUUCUCCUCGCCCAUGCGGGUUACUCUACACAUGAACAUUCGACAUUAUACGGCAGCCUCCAUUCUCUCCCGGCGGAUAUCACGCUCGAGACGCUUGUGUCGGUGAUAAUGGUGAUGGCAGGAUUGGUUAUGGGAUCUGAGAAGCUACGGCCGAUUAGCUGGAGUUCUUGGGCAGGCGAGAUAGAGAAGCGAGGCGGUGCGGAAAACCCGUUUAAAGGACUAGAAGAACGGAUGGGAUUUCUUGAUAUCAGGGCCAAGCGAAGGGAGUUUGCGGACUGGAUUCGUGAGAAAGGCGUAUCUGCUGACUUGAAGCAGUAG